CUCAAACCAAUACGAAAUAGUUUAACGAAGACGCAACUACCAAUCGCUCUUUGUACAUUUAUCCAUUGAAUGAGCUGAACGUACGUUCGUAAGACGUUCCAGGUGGGCUUGCCGCAUCAAGUGAACAUGACUGCAUCAAAAUCAGUUUGGCCAAUGUGAUGCCUCUUAAUCAAGGAAUUAGAAAAGUUGCGCGCGCUCAUUCAGAUACCUUUAGCUGUUCCGAGCAUUUCCCGUUCCGUGCCAGCAGUAGUCCGACAUUUAAGCGAUUUGUUUGUUCGCCAUCUUUGCCGAUAGCGGAUAAGGUGCUCCUUGGCCAGAGUACGCUUCGAAUCUUUGCCACACCGUAUUCCCGUUGGUCAAAUUUUGGUAUUGUAUUAUUGGCUGCAAUGACUCGCGGAAACCAAAGGGAUCUUGCUCGCGAGAAGAACCAGAAGAAGCAACUAGAACUUCAGAGGAAAAAAGGAUCCUCCCAAAAGGACGGGAACAAAGGUAUGACGCUUGAAGAACGGAGACAACGUGAUGCAGACCAAAUGCGGCUCAAGCAACAAAAAGCCGAGCAAAAAAAGACUCUUGAUUGUAAAUGAGAUUGAAGCUCCGACCUAGUGCAUACCAGGUGGGACAGAAAAAUAUGAAGCCACCUUUAUUCCGGAUUCGAUCUAACCAAAGCUAACAUAAUUCACUCAAAAAGCGUCCGUGAUAAAAGGCGAAUGGAACAAUACUAGAAACACAGUGGAACAAUACAAUUGAUAACAGCAAUCAUUACCAGGGACAAAGAUGUUUUCGGAAGUACUGAAUAUACGAGGCCAAGAGAAUGUGUUAAUGUGUAAAUAAACGUGAUUAUCGUGUGUUCUAAAUAAAUCCGACCCCGGACCUGAAGUCUGAUAUUAAAAACUAUGCGUAAUUUCAAAUUUC